CCAAUGGCAGAGGGCGAGAGGGAUCUGAGGGAACAAUUGUUGAAGUUUAGCUGGACUUGUUUUGUUUUGGUUAGCCAUCGAGGCCGACGUCUUGUUAACAAUGCGACUGUUAAUGAACAGUUUAGUGGUAAAGAAAUAAUAGUCUGUAAUAUUUUCAGUAAUGGGGUCACUGAAGCUCGGACAAGAAAAUUCAGCGACGGCGGCCACAGUUGCGGAGGCCAGGUUGGUGUGCCAGGGAGUAAACAACCAGAGCUACAUCUGCGAGUCAGGUCACUGCUGUGGAGAGACGCAGUGCUGCAGCUACUACUAUGAGCUGUGGUGGUUCUGGUUGGUGUGGACUCUGAUCAUUAUCCUGACAUGUUGCUGUGUUUGUCAGCAUUGGCGCUCCAAGCAGCGCUUCCAGCAGCAGCGGCGUCAGAACGAGAUUAACCUCAUUGCUUACAGAGAGGCUCACAACAACUCUCAGCUGCCCCUCUAUCUGAGAUUCUUGCCCACUUACCUGCUGCCAGCAUAUGAAGAGGUAGUUGACCGUCCGGCCACGCCUCCUCCUCCCUACACCCCUCUUCAGUCAGCACCUCCACCCACGGACCCACCCGAAGAAUCCCCUUGCCUACACUCGGCGAUCUCUCUCACCAGCGAUGCUGACGUAGCACUCCCCGCUACUCCAGAAGUCACGCACAGCCACCUUCACAGUGCUUACAACCCCAACAAGGACUUGACGCCGGGCAGGUACCGGCGCUUCACAGGGGAUUCUGGGAUCGAAGUGUGCGAUGGCCAGGAACUGUGGGAUCAGCACAGCUUUUUAGAAAGAGAAGAAGAGACCGAGGAAGAGAGGAUGGGGCAGACGGAGGACCCAUGCGAUGGCUCAGGUCCCCAGACCUUUGAACACAGCCAUAUUAAUGAUGAAGCCAUUCAUGAAAACACAGACAGACACACAACUGUGGACACAGAGCCACAGUCUCUUAGGUAGUCCACAAUCAGGUCUUUAAUAUUUGCAGUCCUGAACAUAACUCUGCAGCAGUCACAGAUGCAAUAUUAUACCUUGGUCUGUUUCUACCUGUGUACGGUUGACUGUUUGUGACGGGCCUGCAUACAUUGACAUUGAAAGCUACAUUAUGCAAAGUCUGGUUGGAAGCAUGGAUAAAUGUUUUCCAUUUUCAUUUCCAUUUGGUGAUGAGCUGCCUGUUCUUUCACCUUUGCUCACACGGUUCUUUUACUUUGUUCUAUUGUUCUCACAGUACUUCAUGUAACCAAAGGGGCUGUUGCUCUGUCACUGGCUGUAGCAUUAGACGAGGAUCACUGCAGCGCUCGGCAAUCUGAUCAUAUAUAGAACCAAUCACAGUGUUAUUUUACAAUAACUUCCGGGUAGAAAACUGCUGCGUCAUGUAUAUACAAUUUAAUGACAGCAACAGGCGUUAUUUCAAAUUGAAACAUCUGCUACUCUUAAAUGGGAUCCCAGUUAGCUUCCACAAACCAGUCUUCCUGGAGUCCACACAAAAACAACAACAAUAAAAACAAACAAUUUAAAAUCACACAGUGUCAAUUAAACAAAAUCCAAAUAUAAAGUUCGACAUUCAUCAAAAUGUACGUUUUAUGCUUUUUUGAUAUCAUUAAGAACGCUUUCACUAACAUUAGGUUGGAGAACUAAUGCACUUGUUGGACCACAGAAAAUGAGGCUUGAGCUCACCCAAAGCUAAGCUGACGGACGGUGAGAUGUUGCUGUUGGGUAUAUUUGGUUUAUCAGAGCUGCUAGCAAAGCAGUGUAUAACAUAAGCACAGCAGUAUUUCAUCUUUAAACACUGAAAAUGAACAGGCUGGAAUCAACAAAUUUGCAGAUUUGACAUAUCUCUUUAAAUCAACUAGUUGUCUACCCAGAAGUGAGUGUGAGAGCAGCGUCACAGUGAUUGGUUUCACAGGACAUUUUACAUGUCAGCCCCCUCUUGUAGACAAACUAGGAGAAGGAGGAGACGUUGUUUCUAAAUCUCUUCAAGCAAUCCGUCGACAUUGUUGUACUUGCAUUUCUUGUUGGUUCUUGUGUAUAAGCUGAUAGUGAUAUAUCAGUGAUAAUCUAAAAUUGUCCAGCUGAUUGAGUGGUAGCUGGCUCUGUAAUGUCUCAGGUCUCCUUUUAUUUAAUACAAGGUGAAUCCAACCGGAGGCAGGCAUUAAAGUGUGUAACAUUUAGGAGGCUCUAUGGUCAGAAAUGAAAUAUAAUAUAGGUAUGUUUUCAUUAGAGUAUAAUCAGCUGACAAUAAGAAUCAUUGUGUUUUUGUUAUGUUAGAAUGAGACUUUUAUAUCUACAGACCUUGCAGUCUCCUAACACGGAGUCCACAAUGUUUUUCGCGUGUUUAACAGCCACCGUAGUUUACCCUUCAUGCUUUGAAGGGGAUGGUGAAGAUGGUCCUAAUUGCUACACACUGGUCCUUUUUAAGAAUAACUAUAUAGAAAUAUGCCAGUCUUCUCGCUGAUGGCCGAGUUUGUUUAUGUAGGUCAUGUAAAGGGCAUCAGUAUUAAACUGAGACUGUUUCAUAACCACUUAAACUGCUUGUAGUACAUUUAACCUGGUAAUUUCAGCUGUUUAACACUACUACAUGCUACGUUAGCUGUGAUUGCCUUGUCCAAACAAGCCCAGGUUCAAACUGAACAGCAUCUGAACUGCAGCCGAAGCACUCACAGGAAUGCCACACAUCUACAUACUGUACAUAGUAAUGCUGCACAUGAAGUUCUCUCACCGAUCUGUAAGCUCACCUGUCACCUUCACUGACAAACCUACACAACAACUCUGUAUUUGGACUCUGGUGUCUUCAGCUAUUUCCUGCUUUAUAUGAACUGAUGUGUUCAGUGUAUCCAACACACUUGGGCACAUUUUGAAUCUAAAAUUACACAACAUUUACAGCUGAUUGACAUGUACAGGACUAUGCAUGAGCGUUGCCAACAUAGGUGUGUGUGACUUGUUGCAGACUACUGCAGCUGAGCUGAUGACAGAGCCACAGCCCCAACAUAGCCACGUCUGUUUGUCCAUUAAAAGACGCAUAAUGUAGCUUUUAAGGAAGACUGUCAGGUAGGGUAGCCAAUCAAUUUAUCAGGUUUUCAUUUUCUCCUCUCUUAUUGAUGCAGACAGUUUUUACAUGCUUUCUCUGAAACUAUUUUAAAUCUGAUUAGUCUUUUAGGAAAAGAAAUGUGUGCAUACACCUUUUUUUAAAUGGCUGGACUGGGUAUGACAAACUACAGUAUCAUGAUCUGCCUUCAGUCAGCCAGUGUGCAAACCACCAGCUAGCAUCCAAUAAAGCAGAUUAGUUUGAUUUAA